UUCAUUAAAGCUAACAACGAAAGCUCUCAUACAUACGUACAUAUGUACAUAUAGAUGAGACUGAAAAAUUACAUUCAACUAAGCAAUUUACAAUAACACCAGAUGAAAAGAAAGAAUUAUUUAAAAGUUUGUCACAAACUGAGAUACCAAUAUUAUUAUCGGAUAAUUUAAAAACACCAGGAUUGCAAUCAAUAAUUGAUAAUGGAAAUUCAAAAAUUAAAAAUCAAACUGAAGCUGAUAAAAAAGUUUGCGAAAUAAAACAAAUAUUAGAAAAAAAAUCAUGGAAUCAAAAAAUUUAGAUAAUGCUUUUCACAAAAUAAAUCGUUUUAUAAGUUUUGAACCUGGUGAUCGUAAAAUUUAUAUGGAGGAUCUUGAAUGCAUCACUAAGUUUAUUAUAGGAAAAUUAAAAAAUCAUGACAAAGUUUUUGAAAAAUUAUACAACGGACACUAUUUCCAAGGAAGCUAUAUGGAUAAUUUAAAGAUUAAAAAACCUGAUGAAUAUGAUAUUAUUAUACAAAUGAAGUUACCAAAAUUUGAUUUAGCCAUUAUAACUGCCGAUCCUAAUAAAGCUGGUAACGUUUUAAUUGAUAUUACAAAAAUAUUAGAGACAAUGCCAAAAAAUACAGCAACUCACAAUGAAAUAUAUAAAAGAUUGACAAAAUCUACAGAUGAAUUUAAUUUUUUGGAUCAAAAAAAAAUUUCAUCUUGGUUUCAAAGUAUGUUUUAUAAUAUACUUGGUAAUAAUUCGACUGUUCAUUUAAAUAUUAAUGGCACAGAUUAUAAGUUAGAUCGUAAAGUAUGUGGACCAGCUCAAACAAUUAAAAUUUAUAACAAAUAUAAAAACAUAAGUAUUUCAAUUGAUUAUGUACCAGCAUUUAUUUUUACCGAGUCACAAUGGGUUGCUAAAAGAGGAGUUCUUAAUGAAUAUUCUUUCGGUUGGUUAGCUAUACCAAAACCUGACUAUGCUCGCCACAAUGAUAAGAAACCAAAUCUUUCAUUUCGAUCAUCAUUUUCAACUAUUGAACGGGAAAUGAUUUGGGGUGAAAAUCAAUUAAAAAAUGUAUGUAAAUUAAUAAAGAAAUUAAGAGACAGAUGGAAUAUUCAAAAUCUUAAAAGCUAUCAUAUUAAAACAUUAUUUUUAUGGGAGAAUGAAAUUCAAAAUAAAACUUUUUGGAAUAAACCAACAAGCUAUUUAUUUAUGCAUAUGUUUCAAAGACUAGUUGAAGGUGUCAAAAAUGGAACUAUAACAUUUUUUUGGGAUUGGGAUCAAAAUAUGCUUGAUAAUUUAACAUCUUAUCAAUUAAAUACCAUGUUUGAUCAACUCAAAGCUGUUUAUGAUAAAAUCGAAAAAUUAAGACAGGAGAAAUUGAUAUCCACUAGCAUUUAUGAAAUAUUUCUUACGAAAAGCGAAAUUGAUGAAAUGAAUAGAGGUAAUACUUUAGAAAGGGUUUUGAAAAAUGAAAAUUCAACUUCUCAAAAUGAAACUAAUUCCCCUAAUAUAAAUUAUGGUCACGUGGAAAAUAAUGAAUCAAGUUCAACUACAGGCUUGGGAACAAUUGGAGCUAUUUCUCUAGGAAUUGGUGCCUUAACACUUGGAGCACUUUACUUAUUUGGAUCAAAUAGAAAUCAAAAUUAAGAACUUUUUUUUCAAUAUCACUAAAAUAUACUUAUAAAACCUGACAAAUAUCAACUAAAUUCAAAAUAUAGCCAAAAAUC